GAGCAGUAGAGAAGCCUUCUAUCGUUCACGAUGCCACCAUCCGCGCGGCAGACUCCCUCCCCUACAACGCUGCAGCAAGUUCACAGCCCCGCGACGGAGCAAGCAACCACUUUCAGCCGCUCGCGUCAACGACAGCAGCAUUGUCCAUCAAUUCGCCCGCCAAACCGUCGAGAAAAUCAGCACAAGCAAGAGCAAUGAGCAAGGGCAAUCAGCAAUAGCAAAGAACAAAGCCGACUUCCCUCUUCGAUGAUCCUCCAUCACCUUUCCUUCCAGCACCCUGAUGCUCUC